CUUUAUUCCACCGAAUAAUCUAGUUGACAAGCAAUGAGAGCUUCUGAAGACGGAUGGGGUGAUAUGGUAAUGCCCGGUGUUUACAUGAUUUCAAGAACCUCCCAAAAUAUUAGGAAUUACUUGAAACCUUCAUCAAGCCAUGAUCGAGUAAUAGAUUUUGAGCAGUUACAUAAGGAUGUCGAAAAACUUCAACUUGAUAUUGAACAGUUGGUAAAUAGUAAUAAAGAAAUUCUGACUUACAUAAAUACCAUAGGCGGUGAUAAAGAUGUCCUAUCUUGUAUAGAGGGUGAACCGAGCUAUACGUGCCCUGAAGAUGAUGUUGAUAUUUUUAUCGAUGCUUUGAAGGAAAACGAUCUGGUUAUAAGAAAAAAACAACGCGAAUUAGACCAUCUAAGGAAGAUUAUGAAUGGAUUGCGUUGUGGAUGUGCUCACCAUGCCUUGUUUGAGGAUCAAAGAGCUCAACACACUGAAAGUGUAACACCAAUUGAUCAUAUCAUUUUGUAAGCAUUAUGAUAGAUAAGCUUAUAGUUACAAUUA